AUGAAACUCAACAGCAUUUCAUUUUUGUCCAAGCUUCUCAUACUUCAAUAUCUGUCAGUUCAAUGCCUUUCUGCUCAAGAUUUUGCUUUCUUCUAUUUUAUUCAGCAGUGGCCAGGUUCAUACUGUGACACAAAGCAUAGCUGCUGUUAUCCGAAAACCGGAAAACCUAUCGCAGAUUUCACCAUUUAUGGACUUAGACCUAACUACAAUGAUGCAUCAUUUCCCUCAAACUGUGAUCCUCAUAGUAUCUUUGAUAAAUCUAAGAUCUCAGACCUCAUUAAGAACUUGGAAAAGAAUUGGCCAUCUCUGAGCUGUCCAAGUAGCAAUGGUAUUAGAUUAUGGUCACAUGAAUGGAUCCAACAUGGUACAUGUUCAGAAUCUAAACUUAUUCAACAUGACUACUUUGAAACAGCUCUCAAACUCAAGAAAAAACUUAACCUACUUCAGAUCCUCAAGAAUGCAGGGAUUGAACCAAAUGAUAAAUUUUACGACCAAUACAGCUUUUUAGAUGCUAUACAACAAGCUACAGGGUUUCUACCAGGAGUAGAAUGUAAUACAGAUUCAUCACAUAACAGUCAGCUUUUGAAAGUUUACAUGUGUGUGGAUACUUCUGGCUCAAAGUUCAUUGAGUGCCCUGGUGUUCCAAUGGGUAGCUGUGGUGCUAAAGUACAAUUCCCUAAGUUUUAA